GGGGACAAAAUUCCACCCAUAAAACUGAAGAAUACUAGCUACUGCAAAUAUAAAAUCUGCCCCUUAGGUGAAAUCCCUGGUGUGACUCAUCCCAAGCACAGUCGAUUAGCUUCUUGUCACUCCAGAUGCCCUUGUUACUCAGCAGCAUGCAUUUCAGGCAAUUCACUUUCCUCUCUGGUCCUCAGUUUCUCUGGUUUGCAGAUAAGCAGAGGGACCAGCCUGUUCUUCACCACCCUUCUUUUUCUCUAUUUCCCCUUCAGGAGUGUGUCAACACUGGUAAUGCUGAUAGCCAAGGGGGUGCUGCCUCAGCAUGCCAAGCCCCCCAAAAACAUCCUGUUCAAGCCCCCCCUGGACUACCUGGACUGGAUCAACAAACUCCCCCAACACCUUCACCACCAGGUCAUCCACUCCUCCCCAUCCUGCAGCAUCAAGGUGCAGAAGGAAAAGUUCAUGGAGGGCCCUGGCCUGGCAUAUGCAGCUUUCUCUCAAGCCGUCUCGCUGUUUCCUCGUGCCUCUUUCUGGGCCAUCGUCUUCUUCCUGGCCUUGCUUAUCACACAGCUGGGCACCUUGAUAAGAAUCUUGGAGGGCAUUGUCCUUCCCCUCCAGAACAACAUCCCCAUCUUCAUAAAGCAUCCCAGGCUGGUCCCAGUGGUCAUCUGCUUGGGAGGUCUUCUGGGCAGUCUCAUCUUCACCAGUCACCCUGGCAGCUACAUAAUGUCCUUGUUUGAUGACCACGUGGUCCCGCUGACCCUCAUCAUUGUUGUGACCUUCCAGAAUGUGGCUCUAGCCUGGAUCUACGGAGCAAGGAGGUUCAGGGAGGAAAUGUUCAGUGAGCUGGGCCGCCUGCUGUGGUCCCCCUUCACUUUCCUGCUGUGCUACGUGACCGUGCCUGGGCUGCUGGCCCUCCUCACCAUCUGCCUCAUGCAGCUCUACCAGAGGGUAACCCCUUACUACAUUGCCUGGAAUAGCAAUGCGAGCCAGGAAGUAAAGCAGCCCUACCUGACUAGCACCCUGGCCUGGGUCACCUUCCUCAGCAUCUUCACUCUUCUGCCGAUCCCAGCCCACCCGCUUCUCCACUGGUGGUACUGCCAGAACCCUGUUACCUCUGACACCUUCAAAAAGGUAUCUGCGGUGCCCGCUAAGCCCUUAGAGUGGCCUAAGCACCUUCUGAGGAAGUCCAAUGUCAGUUCCCAGGACAAAUUCAGUGAGACCUCAUCAUGGAAGAUCAGCCUGCCCUGGAAGAGAGGCAGUCAGAGUUUUUCCCGGUUCAGCCUUCCUCUCAUUGCCUCCUGGUUCUCCAUGAGCAGUAGCAGCCCGGGCCCCUCGAGGCAGGUGAGCCCAGUCUCGACAGACUUGGCCAACCAUAACAGGGAGACCAUGGAAGAAAAGCUGCCCAAUAAAUCUGUUUUGUAA